AGCUGCAGCCGGGAGCGUGCCGCACACGCCGGCCGCCUGCCUGAGCGCUGUCCCCGGCGCCGCCGCCCCCCACCUCGCUCGACCGAGCCGCGCCGGCGUCGUCUUCGCUUGCUUUCUACGAUUUUUUUGCUUGCAUUCAUUUUCUGUUCCGUUUUGUCCUUUUUAAGGAGGCGGCGGCGGCAACGGCGGCAACGGCGGCGUAAGCUGGCCGCGGAGAGGGGGCAGCCGGAGGAUGCGGCGCGGGGCUGCGCUCGCUACGCCCGCUGCUGCUGCCCGGCUUGGGCCCGAGAGCCCAGCAGGAUCCCAAGUGAUGGUGGUUUACUCGGAGGACAAGCUGAGCCCUGCACAAUGACAGGUUAGCACAGGCAGAGCUGGUAGCCACGCCUGCUGGCUGUCAGGUGUGAACAGGUGUGAACUGCAAGAUCCCAACAUCUGGAACAAGUGGAAGCAUGUCUAAGAAAGGCCGGAGCAAGGGCGAGAAGCCCGAGAUGGACACAGACCCAGUCCAAAUGGCCAACGAAGAGCUGCGGGCCAAGUUGACUAGCAUCCAGAUUGAGUUCCAGCAGGAAAAGAGCAAGGUGGGCAAGCUGCGCGAGCGGCUGCAAGAGGCCAAGCUGGAGCGCGAGCAGGAGCAGCGGCGGCACACGGCCUACAUCUCGGAGCUCAAGGCCAAGCUGCACGAGGAGAAGACGAAGGAGCUGCAGGCCGUGCGCGAGGCGCUCAUCCGGCAGCACGAGCAGGAGGCGGCGCGCACGGCCAAGAUCAAGGAGAGCGAGCUGCAGCGGCUGCAGGCCACGCUCAACGUGCUGCGCGACGGCGCUGCCGACAAGGUCAAGAGCGCGCUGCUGGCUGACGCGCGCGAUGAGGCGCGCAGGGCCUUCGACGGGGAGCGCCAGCGGCUGCAGCAGGAGAUCCUGGAGCUCAAGGCGGCGCGCAAGCAGGCCGAGGAGGCGCUCAGCAACUGUAUGCAGGCGGACAAGGCCAAAGCCGCCGACCUGCGGGCUGCCUACCAGGCGCACCAGGACGAGGUGCACCGCAUCAAGCGCGAGUGCGAGCGUGACAUCCGCAGGCUGAUGGAUGAGAUCAAAGGAAAAGACCGUGUGAUUCUGGCCUUGGAGAAGGAACUUGGCGUGCAGGCGGGUCAGACCCAGAAGCUGCUCCUACAGAAAGAGGCUUUGGAUGAGCAGCUGGUGCAGGUUAAGGAGGCUGAGCGGCACCACAGCAGCCCCAAGAGGGAGCUCCCGCCGGGGAUCGGGGACAUGGCGGAGCUCAUGGGCACACAGGAUCAACAUAUGGAUGAGAGAGAUGUAAGACGAUUUCAACUAAAAAUUGCUGAACUGAAUUCAGUGAUACGGAAGCUGGAAGACAGAAAUACCCUCUUGGCAGAUGAGAGGAACGAACUGCUGAAACGCUCCCGUGAGACUGAGGUGCAGCUGAAGCCCCUGGUGGAGAAGAACAAGCGAAUGAACAAGAAGAAUGAGACCCUGCUGCUGAGCAUCCAGAGGAUGGAGGAGAAGAUCAAGAGCCUCACGAGGGAAAACGCGGAAAUGAAGGAGAAGCUGUCGGCCCAGGCCUCUCUGAAGCGGCACACCUCCUUGAAUGAUCUCAGCCUGGCGAGGGAUGAGCAGGAGAUGGAGUUCCUGAGGCUGCAGGUGCUGGAGCAGCAGCACGUCAUUGACGACCUGUCACUGGAGAAAGAACGGCUGUUACGCUGCUCCAAAAGGUAUCGAGGGAAAAGUAUGAAGCCACCCAAGAAGCAUGUUGUGGAGACAUUUUUUGGAUUUGAUGAGGAGUCUGUGGACUCAGAAACCUUGUCAGAAACAUCCUACAACACAGACAGGACAGACAGGACCCCGGCCACUCCUGAAGAAGACUUGGACGAUACCACAGCCCGGGAAGAGGCUGACCUGCGCUUCUGCCAGCUGACCAGGGAGUACCAGGCCCUGCAGCGAGCCUACGCCCUGCUGCAGGAGCAGGUGGGGGGCACACUGGAUGCCGAGAGGGAGGCCCGGACUCGGGAACAGCUACAAGCGGAUCUGCUGAGGUGUCAGGCCAAAAUCGAGGAUUUGGAGAAGUUACUGGUUGAGAAGGGACAGGAUUCCAAAUGGGUGGAAGAGAAGCAGCUACUGAUCAGAACGAACCAAGACUUGCUGGAAAAGAUUUACAGACUGGAAAUGGAAGAAAACCAGCUGAAAAGUGAAAUGCAAGACGCAAAGGAUCAGAACGAGCUGUUAGAAUUCAGAGUGCUAGAACUCGAAGAGAGAGAGCGGAGGUCGCCAGCAUUUAACCUCCAAAUCACCACCUUCCCCGAGAACAACAGCAGCGCUCUGCAGCUAUUCUGUCACCAGGAAGGAGUUAAGGAUGUGAAUAUUUCUGAACUUAUGAAGAAAUUAGAUAUCCUUGGCGAUAACGGGAAUUUGAGAAAUGAAGAACAGGUUGCAAUAAUCCAAGCUGGAACUGUGCUUGCCCUGUGUGAAAAGUGGCUGAAGCAGAUAGAAGGGACUGAGGCAGCCCUGACCCAGAAGAUGCUUGACCUAGAAAAGGAAAAGGACCUGUUCAGCAGGCAGAAGGGUUACCUGGAGGAGGAGCUCGACUACAGGAAGCAAGCCCUUGACCAGGCUUACCUGAAAAUCCAGGACCUGGAGGCCACGCUGUACACAGCGCUGCAGCAGGAGCCGGGGCGGAAGACGGGCGAGGCGCUGAGUGCAGGUCAGCGGGAGGACCUGCAGGCAGCCGUGGAGAAGGUGCGCAGGCAGAUCCUGAGGCAGAGCCGCGAGUUUGACAGCCAGAUCCUGCGGGAACGCAUGGAGCUACUGCAGCAGGCCCAGCAGCGUGUCCGAGAGCUGGAGGACAAGCUCGAACUCCAGAAGCGGCACCUGAAGGAACUGGAGGAAAAGUUUUUGUUCCUUUUUUUGUUUUUCUCACUAGCAUUCAUUCUGUGGCCUUGAUGACUUCAGUGAGCCAAGAACUCGGGAUAAAAAAAGAAUUUAUGGAAUAAACUGAGUCCCUAUGGCAACCCCCAACCCCACUCAAACCAAAAUUCAACAGUGAAACAAGCUAUUCAAAACCCCAGAGACUGCAAACAAAAUUCACAUAUAUUUGACAAAAGCUUUACAGAGAGGCCUUUUGGAUGUAUAGCUGUGUCCUGGCUAAUGCAGGCGGUAAGAACUCUGCAGGGACAAUGGGGAUUUUGUCACAUUCAGCGUCACAUCUGUGUCCCAAGUGUGGAACCUUCAAGAGUGUGAAGGGGCAGAGACCUGGAUUCCAGGAAACCAAGUGCAAUUACGAGAAAUCAAGGGAUCAGAGAACCAGUGCAAGGCCUGGCUCGAGCCAGGCCUGCGCCCUCGUCUCCAUGCCGUGCGCCUCCCCUGACCAGUGUGUGUGCCUAGCCGUCUCUGCCCUGUGUACAUAGAUCUCCACAAACCGUGCUGUGUUCAUCCUGGAGUCUCUCUGCUGGAGCCAUGUGCAAAUGUCCAUGUGAUCUGAACCCCAAGUCUUACCCCAGUCAGCAAAACCUCUGAAUUUCUGCACGGCUGGCUUUAGCAGCUGGAGCCCAGAGAGAUAAAGCAAGACUCUGAUGAGGGGCUGGAGCUUUGCCCAGCAUGGAGGAGCGGACUUCAGGGAUCACAGAUUUCCAAGGGGAAGCUGAGGGCUCUGUCACUUUUGUGGGUGUCACCUGGCAAAAGUCCCAGAGCAUGACCAUCCCUGGGGCGACACAGAAUGAGGAUUGAGAAAGUGGACACAGCUACUACCUAGAGCACACCCGGGCCUGUCUGUGUCUUAGUUAUAAUUUGCAAGAGGCUGUCAAGGAAGAGGUGCUGGAGCCAUGCCCUGGGAAGCUGCGGGACAAGCUCCUUCUGCAGGGGUCUGACACUGGGUCCCACUCUCACACCAGGAGGAGAAAGUGAACCCUUCCUGCUGAGGCCAUCCCUGAACGGAGCUGGGAGCAUCUUCAGGGUGUCAGAGGCCUCCCCAGAGAAUGCAAGGUCAGCCAUAGAGGGCCAGGCACUGGCCAGGGAUGGUCUUCCCAGAGGACAUUCCUGCAGAAGUUGCUCUCUGCUCAUGUUCCUGUUGUUCUAGGCUGGGUGGGGUGGGGACACCUCCAAAGGAAAGCAUCUGCUCACAUGACUUUGGAAGGGAAGCUUUGGAGUCAGAAUAAAUGGAGCGAAGGAGAAGACUGUGGAUGUGAAGAGGAGGCCAGCCGUGUCUGUGCUGGGAGACCUGGCUGAAGGCAAGGAUGUCUCAUGCUCUGCUUGUUGGGCAGAAGAUUAUUCCUCUUCAGGAACAAUCCUGAGAAGGAUGUUUACUGCAAAAGGGAAAUGACUACAUUCAGGCUGCUGAGGGAACCUCAGGGGGGAUGGUACCUGACAGAGGAGCUGAAAGUUCUUGAGGCCAACCCCACAGAUGGAAGGACACUGCACCCUCCACGGGGCCCCACCAGCCAGGAAAGCUGCCACACCACACUAAAGGAUUUGGGCGCUCUAAGCAAACUCACAUCAGAACAGCCAGGAAGCACCUGUUCUCUUUUGAAAUCCAAAUUCCAGAACACCUGCUGGCCCAGCUCCUGUGACUUACCAACACUUAGUGACCAAAUAAGCUUGGAAAAAAUAGGUGUCUGAGCAGCACAGGCAUGAUGGGAGUGUGGGAGCAUGCAGUGAGUGGGGACAAGAGCAUGCCCGUGUCUCAGGGCCAGGAGACACAGGAGCAUUUCUGCCCCAACUUUUGUGGGCAGGAGUCCUAGAGGUGCCACGCAUCUCUGUUCCUGUGGCUGUGUGCCCAUUGUGUGCCCCUGCAGGCACAGGCAGGAGUGUCGUCCCUGUCCUUCUGCAGGGGAAGGGCAGUGUCUGAGUCUGCCCAGCUCUCCUAUGCAGACCAUGUGUGACAGAAACAGCCUUGGCUUUGAAUUCAGACCCACUCAGUCACUCCCAGCCUGGCCACUCCUUGCUGCUCUGAGAAAUGGGGUGACACUGUGCACGCAACGCUGACGAGGGUAUGAGCUGGACAGUUAGAGCCACAGCGUCCCACAGGCCACCCUGGCUGCCCGCAGGAGAUGCAGCGCCAUCUUUGGCUCUUCUUUCUGUGGCGCUUGUCCUCAAAGGAGUCCCUAUAGCC